AUGUGGGCUUUGUGGGAGGCCGGCACAGCGGUGGCUCGGGGACACCUUUCCUCGUGGCCCCGGCACUCCGUGGCCAGCAGGGGGUGUCCCGGCACCGCGGGGCUCACUCUCGUCUCUGCUUGGUCCGCAGGGUCCCAGCUGAGCAUCCUGCUGGUGGGCAAGACAGGAAGUGGGAAGAGUGCGACAGGGAACACCAUCCUUGGAAGAAAUGCAUUUGAAUCUAUGGUUUCACUAUGUUCAAUAACCCCGGACUAUGAAAAAGCUGAGAGUGUCAUCCAGGGAAGACCAAUUACUGUUGUUGACACUCCUGGUCUUUUUAACACUGGAGGUGUCACUGUACAAGAAACAGCUGAAAAGAUUGGAAAUGCCCUUUGCAAUUUCUAUGGUGGGGUCCAUGCCAUCGUCCUGGUGAUGCAGCUGGGCCAAGUCACUGAAGAAUGCCAGCAAGUGGCUGAGUGGGUGACCAAGAUUUUCCAUCCUGAAGCACAGAGGUACACAAUCCUGUUAUUCACCAGAGCUGAAGAUCUUGAGAAGCCUGAAGAUCUGAAAGGUUUAAUCAAAGACAACAAAUACCUCAAGGAGCUGGCAGCCAAGUGUGGAAAUCGGUACCUCGGUUUCAGCAACAGAGCCACUGGGGAGGCGAGGGAUCGGCAGGUUGCAGAGCUCAUCAGCAUGAUUGAUGCCAUGGUAGAGCAGAAUCGUGAUGCUCCGCGUUACACACAAAAAAUGUUGGAGAAACCUAAGACAUAUCCUAAUAAAUUUGGUACCAUCCUGUAGGCAGGAAGGGGUUGGUCAGAGAGGAGAUGUCUCUUCAAUCGUGCCAUUUCUAGAAUCAUGGGAUCAUACAAUCAUACAAUUACCUAGGUUGGAAAAGAUUUACAAGAUCAUCCAGUCCUAACAUCCACUAAUCACCAAUAGUUCUCACUAAAGCAUGCCCUUUGCCCAGGGAGGUGGUGGAGUCUCCUGCUCUGGAGAUGUUCAAGACCUGCCUGGAUGCUGACCUG